CUCCCAACACAAAUAUACUCAAAGCAUAACCCGACGAAAACAAGGAAGUAACGAGUAAAAAGGACGAGGAACUCAGACUAAAUUUUCUAUUUAUUGCCAUAUAAACGCAGAAUUCGGUCUGUUGGUAUUCUCGUUCCCUAGAAUAUUUUAUCUACAGUGAACAACAAUGAACAACAAAGGUUCAUAUCCACAACAAGCUGUUUACCCUCAGCAGAGCACAGCACCCGUUUACCCGCCUGCUAUGCAAGUCCCUCCUCAGGUGUCUCCAUAUCCAGAUGCCCCUCCUCCAUAUUCUGAGGUUUAUCAGCCCAGGUAUAUGGCUCCUCCCCCAGGCCCUGGACAGAUGCCCCCAAUGACCUCAGCAUACCCUGGUACUCAGAUGUACAUGCCCAUGCAUGCUCAGUCUGUGCCAAUGGGGGCCAUGGCCUCCAGUGUCCCAAUGGCAUAUUAUCCGAUGGGGCCUGUGUACCCCCCUGGUUCCACCGUUAUGGUGGAAGGUGGAUUUGAUGCUGGAGCUCGCUUCGCGCCUGGCACCAGUACUUCCAUUCCUCCUCCACCUCCUGGACACCUCCCUAACGCGGCUCAGAUGGCAGCCAUGCAAGGUGCAAAUGUUGUGAUGACACAACGUAAGGGCAACUUUUUCAUGGGUGGCUCCAGCGGCGGUUACACCAUCUGGUAACAGUGAGCACCCACAUCCUCCGGGCCUGGACCGAAGCCCUCCUUCCUUCUCCCUGGUUCCCUUUACCUGUUCUCCCACCCCUGCCUCCCUUGGGGCUGCUUGGCUAAGCCACAAUACUGAUUUAAUCUAAUGGAAUGUAAUAUUUUAGAGCCCCUUACUCAAGGUACAAUACGCCGCUGUUGAUACAAUUGUGUAAUAUCGCAAUUACAUAAUGUAAAACACAAUAAUUGCAUAUUCACAAUUUUAAAAAAAAGCAUGAUAAUUGUAGAUUGUCAUUUAACGUAAUUAUUAGUUGGCUAAUUUAGAAAGCAGACAACGUUUAAGGUGAAAACCAGGUCAUUUUUACCUUACAACUUAAUUUUUACAAUACAUUUUAUAGUUUUUGGUUGUCUUCUUGAGCCAGAGAUCAUGCCAAGAGAAUUGCCGAGCCAGUUUGAUCAUCUGCGUAGCUAUGCACUUGAAACUUUCUCUUUGAAUAGUACGCUUAAUUUUGCCUUUCACGCAUAUCAUUAUUAGAGUCUUGUCAGAUAUGUAAAAUGCAGAUUUAAGCACUCUAAGUCAAAGAGAAAGAUGUGUUUACAACUUCAAACAACGGCGGCGUGUUGUACCUUUGGGCAAGCUUAUAUAAACGUUAUCAGGUGCCAAAACUGCACCAUUAUUUAAAAGCAAAGGAAUUUACAUAUGAAUGAACCUAAAUGCAGUAAAAGAGAGAGUGAACAAGAUUAACUAAACUGGUUCAGAAAAGAAGAAAGUUUUUUUUUUUUUCAAUAUCUUCCCUCCAAUGUCGGAUACCCAGAGGUGUACAUAUAGCCAUUUCACUUAGUUUAGCGCGUGUUGUGUGUGUUCCAGCUAUAUGUGCUUCUACACAAACCUUUUUAGCAUUUUUCACAAAGGCAGAGUUGUUUACAGAGGUCAGGGCUUAAUCAAGAGACAAUUUAUUUUCAGUAUUUUAAAUAAUUUGGCACAUCAAGCUUUUUUGGUUUUGUUUUGUGGGGAGCUGCUUGUACCAAAGAUCUGGACUAGAAUGCACUAAAAGCUUUUAGCUUUUUGUAAGUCUUCUGUCAUAGUACAUCCACACAGAUUCAUACUGAAAUGAAAAACAUAUCACAUUUAGAUAACGGUGAUUGCUUUCCGGGCAGAGCACACCACUGCUGUGACUGCAUUUUUUUUGUAGGGGUUUGUGUUAAAAAAAAAUCUAAAUGUUUCCUAGUUGCAUCUUGAUGUUUCUGCAUGCACUUUUCAGUAGUUUUGUUCUUAAUAAAGAAUUUUCAUGGUCAAAUUUUUAGAUUAAUUUAUGUGCACUGUCAACUAAUUUUGAAAUGUUCUUGCAGGUUUCUUUUGUACAUACGCUUUAAAAUACAAAAAGCAUCAGUUAUAUUUGGCGCCGCUUUGAUUUUUCAAAGCAGUGCUGUAAUACAUCGUAGCAUAUAGGACGGCUGAAAAAUUGUGGUGUUGAUUUAUAAAUGUUUCGCAAGGGAUUCAAGUUUUCCUCUCUAGUGUCUGUAAUGUGAUUUAGAAAAACAACCUGACAAAAAAAAAAAAAAAAAAACCUCACAGAAUGCACUGAGUUACACCAGCAGUUGUCUCCACCACCUUUUGUGCUUCUAAUUUAUUUAAUUGCUAAAUCUUCAUUUUUAAAAAAGAAAAAAAAUCAGCUGUUUCCUCUGACACUAAACUGCACACAUUCUGUAGCAGUUAUACUAUUAGAUGUGACUGUAAAUCUAAAAUGCUGCUUUUUGGCUAGAUAGCAGAUGCUUAUAAAUGCUUACUCAAGCUCACUCUCCGAACAUUCACUGGUAUCAGAUUAUUUUUUGUCACUUAUACCAUAUAUACAUUUUCUGACUGAAUUCAACAGAGAAAAUUUUAUGCUAGCCUGGCAAAUGGGGCACUUUUUAGGCUUUACAUGUAUGAAGUGCAUCACUGGGUAUCCGACACUACCGUACAGUUCUAAAGGUUUUGCCCAUCUAAAUAAAAAAUGUUCUCUCUGCAAAUAAAGGAAUUUUUUUGAUGAUGUUAAACAUGCCAAGUAUGCUGGCAUUGCCUUAGCACCAUUUCUAUACUUUUCUGUGAUGUAGGUAGUUUUAUUUUUAUUCCUAAACUGACUUAUAUGCCAUUCCUUAUUUAAAUUCCAUUUCAUUUAUUCUUACUUUGCUAGGAAAAUAACACAAGGCAAAAAAACAAAAAAGAAAAAAAAAAAAAAAAACGA